CACGUAGAUCACCAUAUGGCGACACAGUGCGAAUACCCCAUGUCCAAAUGCAGUGUGAAAAACCACAGAGGAGCACAGGGAAUCAUCCAAUGCCUCCCACUCCCUUCACGCCGGAUCAGAAAGCGGGGGGUCGCACGUCCGCAGUGCCGAGGUCAGACAAUCCACCCCGGGAGAAAGACAGAGAAAGCGAGAGAGCCCUCCUCGCUCUCGCCGAGAGUUUCUGGAGUGCAGUGCGAGAUUGGACCAAUCAGGCUCAAGGGGGCGGGGCUCGCCUUGUAUCGGUACGGUUUGGAGCAGAGGAGCGUCAUCAGACUGGCUGUUUCGUCUUCUUCUCCUUCUCCUCACACAUCGAGCCAGCAGAUCAUGUCCCGUUACGAUCCACAGAUGAUCAUGUUUGAUGAUGUCAUCUCCCAGGGUGCAACUAUGGAGGAAAUGGACUUUGAGCGGCGCCGGGAGCUGAGGAGGCAGAAACGGGAGGAGAUGCGUCUGGAGGCUGAACGGUUGUCAAAGAACGACGAUGAUGAAGAGGAGGCGGCCCGCGAGAGGAGGCGCCGGGCCCGCCAGGAGAGACUGAGGGGCAGAGAAGCCGAGGAGCCGAGCGGCCAGCCUGACAGUCUGGUCAUGACCAACAGCCACAGUCUUAUAGAAAGCGACUCCGUGAGCAGCUCCUACCGAGGCGGGAACGACGACACCGAAGACCAAGCCCUACUGGACCGCAUGGCUAAGAGAGAGGAGCGCCGCCAGCGUCGCAUGAAGGAGGCGCUGGAGAGGCAGAGGCAUCUGGACGCUGAGACGGAAGGCCAGCCGGACCACGACGACGACAGCAUCUCAGCGGAGAAGAGCAAAAAAUACGAGGAGGAGGAGAGGCCCUCCUCCUGGCGCCGGGCUCGUUACCAUGACGGCGAGGAAGAGGAGAAGGAGGCAGUGGUGGCCAGAGAGGAAGAAGAGGCUGCUCCUGAGGAGAGAAUGAUGGAGGAGAAGCCGAGCAGGUCUUACUUAAGAGAAGAGGAGCUCACAGAAGAAGGAAGUCAUUCGCUAGUCAGCUCAAAUCAGGCCGAGUCAGCAGAUGUAGUGGCUGAAGAGGCACUCGAGGGCGAUUAUGUAGACGGCACCUCAGGGAGCGAGCGUACGGUGCAGAGAAAUGACAGUGAGGCGGACAAAGAGGUGUGUGAGGUACUGCACUCACAGGACAGUGAGCUGAAAGAGGAGCAUAGGAGCGUGGAGGUUCGCGAGGAGCAGAGGAAGCAGAACGGAGGUCUGCACGAGGAGGAGGAAGAGGAGGCCACUGCCAGACAGUACAGGAAACCCGAGAGGACACUCAGUCGAGGCAGCGUGCGUUCACCCGAGGUGUCGGUGGCUGACGAUCAGGACGACGACGAUGACGACGACUCGGCCGCCCGCCUGGAGGCCGAGCGAAAGCUGGAGGAGCUGAAGCGGCGCCGCGACGACGCCGAGAGCGAGGAGUUUGAGCGCAUGCGGCAGAAGCAGCAGGAGUCUGAGGCCGAGCUGGAGGAGCUGAAGAGGAAGCGCGAGGAGAGGAGGAAGGUGCAGGAGGAGGAGGAGAGGCAGAAGAAGCAGGAGGAGGCUGACAGGAAGGCCAGAGAGGAGGAGGAGAAGAGGAAGAUGAAGGAGGAGAUUGAGCGGAGGAGGGCGGAGGCAGCAGAGAAGAGACAGAAGGUGGAAGACACGGUGGACGGCGAAGACAAACCCUUCAAGUGUGUCAGCCCUCGAGGCUCCUCCCUCAAGAUUGGAGAGCGAGCGGAGUUUCUCAACAAGUCAGCGCAGAAAAGCACCGUGAAGACGUCUCACUCUCCCGUGGUGUCCAAGAUCGACAACAGGUUGGAGCAGUACACCUCGGCCGCUCAGAGAGAGAACAAGGAGUCCCGAUCCCCUCGCUCGGGCACCGUGGACCUCCCCGUGGUCACCGACAGCAUACGGAACAUCAAGAGCAUGUGGGAGAAAGGCAACGUGUUCAGCACGCCGGGAAGCGGCGGAACCAGCAGCGCCUUCAAGGAAGCAGCUGUCAUAAAGACGGGUGUGGCGGGCCGCAUCAACGACUGGCUGAAUAAAACCCCGGAGAGCGGCAAAGCAUCGGGAGGAAGGCCGUUGGACCUGAAGCCUGUGGACGUGACCAACAAGAGGAGUUUAUGGGAAAACAAAGGCUCCUCUCCAGCCAAGGUGGCAGGCAGAAGCGACACCAAAUCAGUCACUAAUGGUAUGGGCCACUAAAGUCGGCAAGGAGCCUUUCAAAGCCACGACCGCGACAAUCUCAAGACUUUGGCUCGACCACCAAAUAAUGACCACAAUCCCAAAGAGGGAGAGGAGGGACGCCUUCUCAGCGUCUCACGUCUCACGUUCGGCGGCCCCUUUAGGUGCCUUUGCACAUUUCCAUUUCCUUUCUAAAAAAGAAACCAAAUGCUGUGAAGAUUGGACUAUUUUCCAUCCUGCCAGGACACAAAAUGAAUUAAGCAGUCCGUAGAAACUCCUCCAAUUUCAUCGCCCAUCUUUAUUUUAAUUUAUAUUUAAAGCAAAAGCUUCACACGUUUUGUAUUCUUUGACAAGCAACCACUUGAGGAUAGAAUUCUAAGCACUUGUAGAGUUUAGUCACAUUGUACAACGGUCUGAUCAUAUCCUAUCUUUAUUAUAUAACAAACAUCCUUAUACUCACAACGUCUUCUUUUAUACUCACCAACAAGCAGUGUUGACUAUACAAAAAAAAAGACUUAAUUAUUUAUGUUGAAAUCUUCACACAUUCCUCUUGAAAGCACGUGAUGCCUUCGCUGCUUCAGACGCUGACGUAUAGAUCACGUAGGAAGCAAACUUGAACGCACGCUCUCUCGUAUAAAUCAGGGUGCCUACACAAGCCACUUAAUGUACUUUAUCUGGCCUUAGGAUUGCAAUGAUGACAGCUGAGGUACUUGAACGCCUCACUUGAAGGAAGUGUUUACGAUUUGUUCUUCUUCAAUCUUUUCACAUCUCUGCUCCCAAGUCAGACAAUCACAUUCCACGGUUUCUAAUAAAAAGAGCAGGGGAGGUCUGGACCAAAAUUAGAUAUUUUUUAUUUUAUUACUUUUUUUUUUUUUUACAAGCUUUUUGUUUUGUUUGAUCAUAUUUAACCAGACACUUUGUGUAGGCUCUGCAACGCUACAAUACACACUAUGGUAAUUAGCGUGUGUGUGUGUGUGUGUGUGUGUGUGUGCGCACAUGCACACAAUGUCACGCAAAUGGACACCUUCCAACUGGAUGAAUGUCAACAUUGUACUCUUUGACAGCAACAGCAGUAAUAAACACAUUGAUCUUUCA